AUGAACUUGAAGUGCAAGAUGCGAUUGGAAAUGCGAGUCUACGCGGUGGUCUUCUUCAUAGUAUGCUGCUUCCUGUGUUCCCCAUGUGCAAGCAAAGAGCCAAAAGCCUCGUCAACUUCGAUAGACAAAAAGACGGCAGCUCAGAUAGCCGCGGGCGAGCAGCGUCUUGGGGAUCAAAUUCGCGCUAUCCUUAAACAUUAUCAGCAAGACGAUCCGGUCGGGUUGCCGGGCGCGCCGAUACCGGAUCCGAUGCCAGUGCCGGAUCUGAAGCAUUCCUUCUCCGUGUAUACGAUGAAUUUUAAACAGAUUAGCGUUUACGGACUGUCCAAAUUCCGUAUCGAACAUAUAGAGUCGGAACUGGCACGUAUGCAGGUGUCGGUCGCAGUAAAGAUUGACAUUCUUGAUAUUCGUGGAUUAUACACAUUGGCAUCCUGGAUUUCGAGGUCCGAAGGGGAAUUCAUGGUAAAACUUACCGGUGUGAAAGUCGAAGGUAUCGCUAGACUAGAAGUGAGCACCGAUGGCAAAUUGCAAGCUCAGGACAUUGACAUGGAUUUGACUUUCGAUAAAAUUGACCUGGAUUUUAAGAAUCUAGGAUUCCUCGGUUCAGUUUUUCAAGGAGUCAUCAAUUCCGUCGGAACCUUCAUUUUUGACGGCAUCAAACCAUUCAUCCUAAAAGAAGUUAAUACAAACAUGAGGGGCGAAGUGAACAAACAAAUAUCACAAUUACCGCAAUACUUUCCGAAUUCGAUUUCACCCUUCGAUAUGGCGAUCGCAGAAGCUCGGAAGCAAGUUUCUCAGAUGGGCUACGAUCCAUAUCAGCUGAAGGAUUAUGUCCAGAACAUUGGUAUAUUCACCGUGACUUCGUCGCAUACCUGGAUCAUUGGUCUAGCCAGUUUCUAUCGCAUGGGAAAUAUAACCAUCACCAUGGAGAACGGAACUGUAUACGCGCUUCUGGAUGUCGGCACCCAGGAACUUGAGGGCAAGACGCACUGGGAGGUGAGCGUGAUCGGCGGUUUCCUGUCGCGUGCUGGCACCAUGUCCUUCACCGUCCAAUACUUUCGGGUGCAAGUGAAGCUGGCUCAGCCGUUGGACACGCGGAAACGCGCCGCUUUAGAAGAACUGGAGCUCGAGUUGGGCAACAUCCAAGCGAGAUUCCACGGCGCCAGAACGCUCGAUUAUCUCGUAGAAGCGAGCGUUAAUAUACUACCGAACCUUUUAAGAUAUCAAAUCAUGGACGCGAUCGAAGGACCGUUGAAAAGACGUAUACAAGAGGAGUUGGACAAGGUAGACAUGGAAAAAUUAAUCGAUGAGAAAAUUCCGGUGAUCGAAGAACAGGCUAGAUGGAUGCAGGGUUUAGUACCUGCAGAGGAAACAAUCUUGGAAGAAUCGACGCUGCCACCACACAGUCAAGACGAUCAAACGCCGUUCUCUGAAAGCGAGGAAGAACGAGGACCGUCGUAAAAAAGGCACUUGUGUGAACCACCUCCAUUCUAGAAGAAAUCAAUAGUUCCAAACAAACUUCUUUAUAACGUAAACACGUAUUGUACAUCACGCGUGAUAUAUGCAUGUAUUUUUAAUGUAUAAUACGUGUACAUACAUAUAUGCAGUCUGAUUUUUUAAAAUAUCCUGUAUCGCGCGACGAAAUUCUACUGAUAAUUUAUAAAUGGAAUUCUUUCGUGAAUGUCGAAUCGUCUAAAAGCAGUCUCGGAACAUGAAAGAAGUGAAAAAUGUAUGCACGAUUUUGUGACACAUUUGCCUCCGAUACGUAAUUUAUUCUCGAUGGAUAAUUCAUUAACGAUUUGGCUAAAGUUGAUAAAAUAUUUAUCGCGACUUAUCUUUUUUGAUGCGCAUAGAUUUUUGUACGCUAUGAGUGGUAUCAUUAAUAUUUAAAUAUUUAA